CCCCGCGACAAUACGAUGUCUCAAUUUAUUUUAGGGACUGUAGAUGCGCCGGAAGACAUUGAGGAUGACGAAGAGGAAGAAGAUGCUUUCGCAGCUAGGCGCAGAAGAUUUAGGCACCCAAUGCGCGCCGAUGAGUACAUCGAAAGUGAUUGCGCCAGUUUCCUUCUUCGACAUCGUCUCUGGCUAAUCGCUCUCUAGGAGUUGUCGGACAUCAAGACGAGGAAAUCACUGAUUCCGACGUCGAGAUCACGGACGUAAAGCAGAAGAUCCGCAAAGAUGGAGCAGUCAAGGCAGGAGAAAAGGUGAAAUGGUCCGAUGAGGAUAGCGACGAUGCCUAUAAGAAAUUCAUGGAGAGGAAGAGCAUCAAGCGCAAGAAAACUGCAGCUACGAAGAAGAAACUCGCAGAGAAGACCAAAAAGGCAACGGCCGAGAGGAAGAAACAAAAGAAGAACGGUUCCGCCGAGCCAGCUAAGAAGAAACAACGAGUUUGGGGAGAUGCUUCAGAUGAUGACUUGGUGGACAUGGACAUGCCAGAGUACUUUCUUGAGAGACGGAGGGAUUUUGAUCAGGAAUACCAGAAGUUCCAGGACUCGGCACUUCAGAUCCCACCUUCGUACGAUGAUGUAUAUUUCUCGGACGAUGAGCGAAUUGCUGAACUCCAAGAGCGACCUGAUUUCCCUGCAAGUGUUGAACGGUCACGACCAUACAAAGAUAUUGAAUUACCAAACUCUUUAGGAAUAAUACCUGCUUCUAUUGCACAGUGUCUUCGAGAUUAUCAGGUCAAAGGCGUUGAGUUCCUUCAUGAAUUAUUCGUUUAUCAAAAGGGGGGCAUUUUGGGUGAUGACAUGGGCUUGGGGAAAACAGUUCAGGUUGCUGCGUUUCUUACUACCGCCUUUGGGAAGACAGGGGACGAGAGAGAUGAUAAAAGAAUGAGGAAAAUGAGGAGAGCCGGUAGACGCUGGUAUCCACGAGUGUUAAUAGUAUGCCCCGGCUCCCUCAUUCAGAACUGGGAAAAUGAAUUAAAAAGAUGGGGUUGGUGGCAUAUCGAUAAGUUUCACCAGAAAGAUAGAGAUGCCGUCCUUGAGACCGCGAAAGCUGGGCGAUCGGAGGUUGUCAUCACUACAUACCAAACUUAUCGAAAUCACAAGGACCACUUGAACCUCGUCCCUUGGGAUUGUGUUGUCGCUGACGAGUGUCAUACAUUGAAAGAAAUCAAGUCCGCAACAACUGAAGCAAUGAACGAGAUCAACGCGUUAUGCAGAAUUGGACUCACUGGUACAGCAAUUCAGAACAAGUAUGAAGAGCUCUGGACUCUUCUCAACUGGUGCAGUCCUGGGCGGUUUGGCCCCUUAUCGACGUGGAAAACCAGCAUUAGCGGCCCAUUACGGCAAGGCCAAUCGUAAGGACUUCUCUCUAAAUUGAGCUCUUAUGCUAAAUAUAUGAACAGUCACGACGCCACGUUUCAUCAGUUGAAGCAGGCGAGAGAAACUGCGAAUAAAUUGGUUAAUAACUUGCUACCGGAGUUUUUCUUGCGUCGUAUGAAGAGCCUGAUAGCCCAUCAGCUGCCAAAGAAAACAGACAAAGUUAUUUUCUGCCCCUUAACGGACAUCCAAAAGGAAGCUUACGAGCUAUUUCUUGAGAGUGAUAUUGUGGAAAUAGUCAAAUAUUCAACCGUUGGAUGCGAGUGCGGAUCUGGAAAGAAGAGAGGAUGGUGUUGCCAUGUGAUGCUCGAUGGUACUUCAUGGAAGGUAGGAAGAGAUUCUAAUGGCAUAUCCCUUGAUACUAAUUCUACUUUAGGCUUUAGUAUUUCCCGUCAUUAUCACUCUCCAGAAACUGUCUAACCACCUUGCCCUACUUAUUCCAAACUCCAAUGAUUCCCCAGAAAAGCAAGAGCGAGAUCUAGAGUUUCUCAAAACGAUGGUGCCGGAUAGGUGGAAAGAACUUUGGGCUAAUAAAGAAUCCUUAUUUAAUCUUUCCAAUCCUGAGUUCUGCGGCAAGGUCAGUCUCUAAGUCUGCGUGCCACUUCUUAAUCUAACUCUUGUUCGCAGUGGAAACUUCUGAAGAGACUGUUGAAACAAUUCCACGAUGAUGGUGAUAAAGUUCUCAUUUUCUCACAUAGUGUGAGAUUACUAAAAAUGCUCCACCAUCUUUUUAAUAAUACUAGCUACAACGUUAGCUUUCUUAGUGGUGAGAUGCCUGUCGACGAGCGUCAAAAAACUGUUGAUGAUUUCAACUCGGAUCCUCGGCAGUUUGUGUUCUUGAUUUCUACCAAAGCCGGAGGUAGGUUUUCUUCACAUCCGAUGAUAGAUAUCCUGCUAAAUUUCUUAGGCGUUGGAUUGAAUAUUACAAGCGCAAACAAAGUAAUAAUCUUUGACCCCAACUGGAAUCCAAGUUACGACCUUCAAGCCCAAGAUCGGGCCUACCGUAUUGGGCAAACCCGGGAUGUCGAAGUGUUCCGUCUUGUAUCCGCUGGGACAGUCGAGGAGAUCGUUUAUGCACGUCAGAUCUAUAAGCAACAACAAGCCAAUAUUGGAUAUUCAGCCUCGGUUGAGCGCAGAUACUUCAAGGGAGUCCAGCAAUCGAGUGGCCAAAAAGGCGAAAUAUUUGGGCUACAUAACUUGCUUACCUACCACGGCGAUAAUAUUGUUCUUCGAGAUAUCGUCAAUAAAACUAAUGUGGCGGAGGCGAAACGCGGAAUUGACAUGAUCGAAAUAAACCUGGAAGAACUUGAUGACGAUGACAAUCCUCUCAAGGUCGACAACGACGACGAAGAUGGAGCUAUGAGCCAACUCGUAGCUCUCAUCGAAAAGGGAGAAGAUCUCAAAACCACUACAACAAAACCUAAGCCGAAAAUGGAUCCCAUUCAAGCUAUUCUCACUUCAGCGGGAGUUCAGUAUACACAUGAAAACUCCGAAGUUGUGGGUUCCUCCAAAAUUGAAGCGGAACUCAGUAGACGAGCUCAAGAAACCGGGAACGAUGUCGAUUAUGGGCAACAAAAGCUUUUUGCGGAAUCUCAGAAUGCAGAAGACCAGUAUGUUUUCCAUCCACCAAAGGAUGUGAUGUACCGACAGUUCUGCACCAUGGCCAAGACUUUUGGAUUCGAGAAUGCGACCGAGUUUGCUCUUGUAGUAGAGAGUUGGACGCAGAAGCAGAGGACGGAUUGUUUAGAGAGGUUUUACUUAAAGCGAAAGGAGGGUAGUGCGGGAGAUAGCUUUCGGAGCGAGCCAGUUUCUGAGAAGACGACUAAAGAGGUAUUGGAUGUGCCUACUGAGACGGAAGACGAGAAUAUCGGGGACUAUGGAGUUCCAGAAACGGUUGGUGCAGGGAAUGCAGACAUGAUGACGAUUAUGGAUGUGCCUUCACCUGGUGUCAUGACUGUAAUUGGGACCGGGAAGGUGGAUGUGAAUGGUUUUGGUACUGAUACGGAGGAUGAGGAUGACGAGUUAUGAUGAUACCCAAGGGAAGGAAAGAGUUCGUAAUGGCUAUGGGAUCUGCGCAGCUUGAGAAAUAAGAAGCUGAUCAUAUAGAGACUCUCU